UCACCGGAUCCCGGCCAGAGAUUCUUACCAGAGCCCAGUAAUUGUUGGGCAAAGCUGACAGGGGAGAGACCUGUAUGACAUGCAGCUUUGUAUUUCUUUCAGAGAAAUACACAGCAGCAUGUCUCCCUAGUAAAGCACACACAGCACAUCAUGUGAAACAGCACACAGCACACGGUUAACCCCUUUGAUCACCCCAGAUGUUAACCUCUUCCUGCCUAGUGUCAUUAGUACAGUGUCAGUGCUUUUUAUUAGCACUGAUCACUGUAUUAGUGUUAUUAGGAUAUCAGUGGCAGUUAGUAAGUUCCCACACAGUGUCAGAAUGCUCGCUGCACUCCCGCUAU